AAUGUUGUGUUGAUAUUUAACUGCAAUUUUAGCUGGUAGAUUGCGUCAUAGUUUUUGUUUACCGGUGCGAGCAGAAACUUUUUAGAUGUGCAAAUAAAUAUAUAACCUAUUUAAAUACGUUACAUAUAAUUAUUUUCAUAUAAGCAUCGAAAUUUUAUUUGAAAUGAUACGUGAACAAUCCGUAAGUAGGUCUACUCAUGGGUCAUACGUGCAACUCAGCACCUUUGACGACAAGGAAAAUACCUUCGUGCAAAAUAAAUCAUCGUUUCCGUCUAUUAUUCCUUAUAAACGGUGUAUAUGUACCAAAAGAGAUGCGAUUAUUGUCUCAGUCACCUUAGUUGCAGCUUUCAUUUUAAUAACAACAUCAUUAGCUCUUGGAUUGCCAAAAAUAUAUGAAAAAAGGCAGCAGUAUUUAGAUACUUCAUUUCCUGAAUCGUCAUCUCCACUCCUCACUUUUGAUAAAGCUGUAGUUGUAACAGAUGGAAAGCCUUGUGCAGCUAUUGGAAAAAAUAUUCUUGAAAAGAAUGGAACUGCUGUUGAUGCUGCUUUGGCUGCCUUAUUUUGUGAUGGAGUUGUCAAUCCACAGAGUAUGGGAUUUGGUGGUGGCUUUCUUAUGACAAUAUAUAUCAGAGAAAAUAAAACUUCUGCUGUGAUUGAUGCACGAGAGAGUGCUCCAAAAAAUGCUGAUAAAGAUAUGUUCAAGGGCAAUUCAACUUCAUCUCAAGAGGGAGGACUUUCUGUAGCAGUUCCUGGGGAACUAAGAGGUUACAAAAUGGCUCAUGAAAAGUAUGGAAAGUUACCAUGGAAAUCACUAAUUGAACCUUCAAUUAAAAUUUGCAAUGAUGGCUUUGAAGUAUCUAAACAUUUAGCAAAAUAUCUGCAAAAAGUUAAGAAGCGAAUAUUAGCUGAUAAUUCCAUGAGGGAAGAAUUUUUGAAUAAUGCAACAAAUGAUUUAUAUAAAGAAGGAGAAAUAUUGAAACGUCCUGUUUUAGCAAGGACAUUAAAUGAGAUAGCUGAAAAGGGUGCAGAUGUUUUAUAUACUGGUGAUCUACACGAAAAUUUCCUAAAGGACAUAUCAGAUUGUGGUGGCAUAAUUACCAAAGAAGACCUUGCUGAUUAUCAACCUAAAUUAAAGCCAGCCGUGAAAUUAGAACUUGAAGGUGCUGAGAAAUUGUUUUUGCAUUCUGUACCUCCUCCUGGUAGUGGAGUCAUUCUGUCUUUCAUUUUGAAUAUUUUAAGUAAUUACAACAUGACUGCUGAUGAUUUUAUGGCUACUGAUAGUGCUGUUCUCAUGUAUCAUCGAAUAACAGAAGCAUUUAAAUUUGCUUUUGCCCACAGAACACAAUUGGGCGAUGAUGCAUUUGUUAAUAUAACUCAAUUAGUUUCUAAUUUAGUAUCUAGGGAUUAUGCUUCAUCCAUAUGGCGACAGAUAUCUGAUGAGAAAACACAUCCAACUUCAUUUUAUAAGCCUGAGAUGGAAGUGACAAAUGAUCGUGGCACUGCUCAUGUAUCUGUUGUAGCAGCCAACGGAGAUGCGGUGUCAGUAACAAGUACUAUAAACACCUACUUUGGGAGUUUAUGUAGAUCACCAUCGACUGGCAUUAUAUUAAAUAAUGCUAUGGAUGACUUUUCAUCUCCUAACAUCACAAACUACUUCGGAAUUCCACCAUCUCCUGCAAAUUACAUAGUUCCUGGAAAACGGCCUUUAUCGUCGAUGUGUCCAACAAUUGUUGUAAAUGCUGAUGGAGAUGUCCAUAUGGUUGUUGGUGGUGCUGGUGGUACACGCAUUAUUACUGCUUCUGCUUUGAGUAUGUUUCGAACAUUGUGGUUAUCUGAAGACAUAAAAAGGGCCACUGAUGCUCCUCGUUUUCAUCAUCAACUAUUUCCUAAUCAAAUAGAAUAUGAAGAAAGUUUUCCUAAGGUAUACUAUUUUACUUUAAUUACUCUGUCCCUAAAGUCUGAAUUGAAAUUCUUCUAAAUUUAAGUAGAUAUG